GGUGUGACGUAUAAUCUAGUGGACGGAACGCUUCUUUCAACAGCAGUAACAGUUACUCAGCCACCUCGGUAGCUUUCUAGACAAAAUCGCCAAACCAAUAAAGCGCUUUAGACGCUUUAUAGUAUAUUAGCCACUGUGUUUUAAACCCACUUCUGUCGUGUAACGUAGUUAGUUAUCCGUUUUAAUGUAAUAUUUACGGUGUUGUUAUUAGUCAGCUAGUGGGCUGGUUAAGUUAGCAUUAGCAUAGCUAGCUAACAUCCCCAACCAUGAGUUCACUAAGCCAUUCUCCUCCUGCUGAAGAAGAGAAGGUGUGCUGGACGGAGAAACAGGGUCUGUGGCUGAACGUUGUUGUGAAAGAGGAAGAGGAGGAUGUCACAAUACAAAAACAAGUAGAGGGUGAGGCUGUUACAGUGAAAGAAGAGAAAGACGUUUCAGUGAAAGAAGAGGAAGACGUGUUCAGAGUAAAAGAGGAGGAGGAUGUUACAGUGAAAGAAGAGGAAGAGGCAUGUUUCGGAGUGAAAGAGGAGGAUGGGGAGAUUACUGUCACAUUGAAAGAAGAAGAGGAUGAAACUGGAUAUCUGGGCCCGGUUUCCCAAAGGCAUGUUAUGGCAUCCAAUGGUUCUAACGUUGAACGGGCCCUGGUUAACACUAGAGAGAGACGGGACUAUCGUGGAUCCUCUGGGGAACCUCAACAACAUCAUGAUGCUGAGGAGGCAGAGAAGAGUCUCUCCAGAUCAGAACUCCUCAAGAAACACCAGCAGAGACCCACAGGGAAGAAAUCCAACUGCUGCUCUGAAUGUGGGAAGAGAUUCAACUCUAAAGUAGACCUUAAAAUACAUCAAAGAAUUCACACAGGAGAUAAAUCUUUUGGCUGUGAUCAAUGUGGGAAGACAUUUAUUCGUCUACAAACCCUGAAAUCACACCAGAGAAUACACACUGGAGAGAAACCUUAUGGCUGUGAUCAAUGUGGGAAGAGUUAUACUCAGCUAAUCAGCCUGAUAGUACACCAGCGGACACACACAGGAGAGAAACCUUAUAGCUGUAAUCAAUGUGAGAAGAGUUUUACUACAUCUAGCUAUCUAACUAUACACAAGAGAACACACACAGGAGAGAAACCAUUUAGCUGUGAUCAAUGUGGGAAGAGUUUUACUCAGCUAAACAACCUGAUAGUACACCAGCGGACACACACAGGAGAGAAACCUUAUAGCUGUGAUCAAUGUGGGAAGAGUUUUACACAGCUAAACAACCUGAUAGUACACCAGCGGACACACACAGGAGCGAAAUCUUAUGGCUGUGAUCAAUGUGGAAAGAGUUUUACUGCGUCAAGCUCCUUGAUAGUCCACCAGAUAACACACACAGGAGAGAAAUCUUAUAGUUGUAAUCUAUGUGGGAAAAGUUUUACUAGGUCUAGCUGUCUAACUUUACACCAGAGAACACACACAGGAGAGAAACCAUUUAGCUGUAAUCAAUGUGGGAAGAGUUUUACUAGGUCUAGCUGUCUAACUAUACACCAGAGAACACACACGGGAGAGAAACCUUUUAGGUGUGAUCAAUGUGGGAAGAGUUUUACUACAUCUAGCCAGCUGACUUUACACCUGAGAACACACACAGGAGAGAAACCUUUUAGCUGCGAUCAAUGUGGUAAGAGUUUUACUACAUCUAGCCAGCUGACAUUACACCUGAGAACACACACAGGAGAGAAACCUUAUAACUGUGAUAAAUGUGGGAAGAGUUUUACUCGGUCAAACAGCCUGAUGUCACACCAGAGAAUACACACUGGAGAGUUACCUUAUAGCUGUGAUCAAUGUGACCAGAGAUACCUUGAUAAAAGAUCUCUGAUUAAACAUCAGAAAAUACAUGCAUGAAGGAGUUGUUUCAUGAUAUCAAUGAAAUGUCACAAUGUAGAAUGGUUUAACAUUGUAGUAGGAGUAUUUCAAUAACCUCACAACAUUUCAACAGCAUGUACAACUCGAUUUCAGUGAUGUAUUGCUACUUGUCAAAACAGCAGCAUUUCUGGUGCUUGUGCAGUUUAUAAGGUGCUUGUUUAAAAGUAAUGUGAUUAUUGUGGCAGAUGUUUGUGUAUACAUAGCACUUAUGUUUAGGUUUUCAAUAUAUCACAACUGUCUCUGCAUAAUAUUGGUUAUUGAUUUUGACACGUUAAAACUGGGGCCAUCCCACCUAGCAAAAUGUAAUUGAAAAGAAGACUAUGCCCGACUUCCAAACACAUUCCGUUUUAGUCUUUUCGGGUCAUUUUUUCAAUUAUUUGAAAAAUAAAAAAUCCAACAUACUUGCAGCCUA